AUGAUGUUCCUAUUCUCGGUGCUAGUUUUUCUAGUUCAUAUAUCCUUACACAUUUCGGAAGCUUCUCAAUGUUCACAAUUAAAUUUGACACCAUUGAAUAUAAAUAGUGAUGAUAAUUAUUCAAUUCUAACCGAAAUACUUAAAUCAUCAAAUAUAAUAAAAGUAUCAUUAGUAGUUAAAAAUACUGUAAGUAGUACAUCAUGGUUUCUUAUGGGUGCAAGUGAUUAUUCAAGAUUAAUUGGUUCAUGGCAACCAUUUACUGCUGCUGAUGGUCAAGUAAUAGAUUGUUCAGUAUUUUCAGAACAAGCAGUAACUAAUCAAAAAUCAUCAAUUGAAAAUCUAAGUCGAUCAAAAUUUACAUUUUAUUGGAUGGCUCCUCCUUCAUUUGACGAUACUGUUUUCUUUGUUGCAACUAUUUUUGAUAAUAAUAUAACAAACGAUACAUCUUCAUUACGACAUAUUCAAAGUGUACCUAUAGAAAUUGAGCAAACACAAGCACGAGAACGAUAUCAAGACGUUAAUAAAACUUUUUGUAAUUCCUCGCCAUGUCUUAAUAGUGGUACUUGCAUUUAUGAUGAUCAAUAUUCUUAUUGUCAAUGUGUUGCGCCAUGGAAUGGUAUAUUUUGCCAUCUUCAAUAUUUUCAUAUAAUGCUUGGAAGUGAUCUACCAUUUAAUAGUGAUUUUUAUUUUAAUACACUUGAUUCUCCAUCUUAUGCUAAUUUAUCUAAUGAUCUAUUUACUUGGAUGAAUGAUGCAUUUAGCGCACUUCCAUCAGACAGAAUAUAUUCAAUUAACUUUGUAUCUCCAAGUUCAUUUGGUGCAUAUAUUUCAGUUAGUAUGGCUGUAACACCGACAAGUGCAGUAUACACACCUGUUAUUUUAUCAGCACUUGAAACAGCAUUAACUCGAAAUAAUACGACUCCACUGGGUUAUCACUUAUCAAUUAAUUCAGCAUAUAUAACAAAUCCAGUGACACAAGAUUCAACACCAUAUACUUCUUGUGUAUUUCCAUUUGCACUUUCUUUGGUUGAUUAUAAUUUUUGUGUAUCACUACCUCCAAGUUUUAUAUGUUCAAAAUCUCGUGUUAUUGAUAGAAAUACUACUUUUAACAGUCUUGAUUGUUCAAGAAAUAUUUUUAAUUAUGUUUCACAAGAUCCUUGUUUUCCAAAUAUAUGCCUCAAUGGUGGUACAUGUACAACUGUUAAUGGCUUAGCUACAUGCAGUUGUCCAGAAUAUUUUACUGGUACUCGAUGUGAUCAAUUAUUCGGUUGUAAUCCAGUAACAAAUUCCAAAGCGAUUACUUGUGCUAACGGUGCUACGUGUCGUGAUAAUACUUGUAUUUGUACCUCAAAUAAUACAGUUGGUACAUUAUGCGAAAUUGUGUCAGGCAAUACUGGAUGUGUAUUUCCAUUUACAUAUAUGAAUGUAAGAUAUACAUCAUGUGCUGUUAUUAGUGGUCAAUCACUAUGUGUUGUAAGAAAUUCUGGAACGAAUGGACUAUUUCCUAUUUCACUUGCUGGAUGUGGAGCUCCUCAAUGUCAAAAUAAUCCAUGUCGUAACCGAGGAACUUGUCAAGAUACUGUCAGUGGAUCAUUUCAUUGUAUAAAUUGUGCUACAGGAUAUAGUGGUUAUUUUUGUGAAUUACAAUAUCAAACGAUUCAAAUGGCACUUAAUAUUACCUAUACACCUGAUUAUAAAAAUGCAAGUAGUAAUGCAUCACGACAAUUACAAGCAUUAAUUAAUCAAACAUUAAAUACAGCAUUGAUAAAUAUAACAAAUGGUGGUGUUAGACCAGAUAUUAUCUCAAUAAUUGAAAAUAAUGAUGGAACCACAAGUGCUAUUAUUAAUAUAAAUACUAAUUAUUUGAAUUUUCUUAAUAAUGCAACACAAACAGCAUUAAAUACUAUUGUAGGAAUAACGAUUGUUCCAACGAAUACAACUCGUGAAUGUGCACCAUGGUAUAUAUAUGGAGGACGAAAUAUAACAGGUUGUGUUAUAAAUUCAUUUAAUGUACCUAUUUGUUCACUAACAGAUAAUUUUGAUCGUGAUGGACAGUUUACAGCAUGUUCAGAACCAAUUUAUCUUAAUUUAUGUGAUAAUAUUUAUUGUGGUGAUGGUAGAUGUGUUGUAACAAGUCGUAAUUUAACUUAUUGUGAAUGUGCAAGUGGUAUAACGGGUGAAGAUUGUGAUCAACUUAUGAGAUGUAAUGAUAUUGAUUGCUUAAAUAAUGGAACCUGUAUUGCAUUGUCAACGGGAUAUUAUCGUUGUGUAUGUCCACCUGGUUAUGGAGGAGUUUUUUGUCAAUAUAAUAUAACUGAUUGUGUAUUUCCUUUCGUUGACAAUCAAAAUCGAACACAUAACACAUGUAUAACAACAAGUGAUUAUCUUGGAGGAACGAUACCAUGGUGUAGAAAUAUCCUUGGUCAACAGAAAAGUUGUCAAAUUGAUUAUUGUGCACAAAAACCAUGUAUAUAUGGUACAUGUAUUCCAACAAGUCGAUGGGCAUUUGGUCAUUCAUAUUUAUCGUUUAUGUGUAAUUGUACAAGUGGUUUUACAGGAAUGUUAUGUACACAUGCUUAUUUUCGAUUAAAAACUCUUUAUCUUGCUCCAAAUAUUUCGGACACAGCAUUAAAUGCUUUAGAAUCUCCAACAACACAAACAUAUCAAAAUGUAUCGAAAAUGUUUCGAGACUUACUUCGUAAUCAAACAAAUUCAAGUUUUGAUUAUUUACCAUUAAUUUAUACAACAUUUCGAACUGCUAAUGGAAACUAUUAUCAAGUAUCUGCCGAUCUUUCAUUUCCGGGUAAUAUAAGUCAAACUGAUAUUGCAAACAUAAUUACUCCAAUACUUUCAAAUCUUCCACCAGAAUUUAAUACUAUAUAUAUCGAUAAUGGUCUUUUAGAACCUGAAGAAAUUCAACCACUGAAUCCGGCACCUAAUUGUACUUUACCUUAUAUGUAUAAUGGUGAUUCAUUAGCUGUAUGUCAUGUAGAUAAUAAUGGACUUGCUUAUUGUGCCUAUGGACAAAGUUAUACAUUACUUGAUCGAAAAUUAUGUGAUGCUAGUGGAUUACCAACAGCACAGUAUACAGCAUGUGAUAUAUUAAAUAUGACAAAUCCAUGUAAUAGUACACCUGAAUUUCCAAUUCGUUGUGUUGCUGCUGAUGAUGGUUGGAAUUGUUUUUGUGAAUCUACACAAACAUUAGGCAAAGAUUGUGCAAAUUUAGAUUUUUGUCGAAAUGGUUCAUUAUUUUGUCAAAAUAAUGCAACUUGUGUUAAUCGCCCUGAUUUACGAGAUUUUUCUUGCAAUUGUACGGAUCCAUACUAUGGCCGUUAUUGUGAAAAUUUUGCUAUUGGUUAUAAACUUUUUUUGCUUAAUUAUUCUAAUGAAACGUCACCAGGCUUUCCAACAUUAAUAUCAAAUAUUAAUCAAACGAUUAUUAAUAUUACACACGGAGCUGUUAUUCCUACCAGUAUUAUUAUCAGUCCAACUGGUGAAGUUGUAGUUAUUGUAUCAGGCAAAAAUUAUUCCGUUCCACAAUUUGAAUUACCUUUAAUUGAUCUAGUAAAUAACAAUUGGACAGUUGGUCCAUAUCUUGUUUCUUUUAAUCAAACAAGUGUUGUAUCAAUAGAAACUAAUGCUACAUGUAUUUUUCCAUUUGCUUAUAAUGGUGUUAAUUAUACAACAUGCAUAACAACAGGAUAUGGUUUUCCUUGGUGUAGUGCAACACCAGUUUUUACUGGUCGUAUUAUUGAUUGCAGAAAUAUUGAUUGGUGCGCAUCAGGUCCAUGCUUGAAUAAUGGCACGUGUACAGUUAAUCAAGACUUAGGUACAUUUCAAUGUAAAUGUGUUGAUGGAUGGAUUGGUGUAACUUGUGCCUAUCCUUAUAAUACUAUUACCAUUGUUAUUCCACUUGGAAAUAAUACAUAUAAUAAUUUAACAUAUAUUGAUAUUAGUAAAUUAUUACCCAAUACAACAAAUAGUACACUUAAUAUUGAUAAUAUUCGCCCUGGUCCAAAUAAUACAAUUAUAAUAACAAUAAUAGUCAACGGUUCUAAUAUACCAAACAUAACAUGGCCAAAUAUAUUAAAUAUAACUAUUGAACCAACGAAAAAUAUCGAUGGUUGUGUAUUUCCAUUCAUAUAUAAUAAUAGAACUCAUGCUACAUGUAUACCACUUGGUGUAGAUCGUUUAACAUAUUGUUGUCGAAAUGCAAAUUGUGAUUUAAAUCCUCAAUGGCAAUUAUGUAAUAGUUCAAAUCUUUGUGCUGCUUGUGCACCUAGUGCAGGUUGUACAAUGUCUGAAUUCGGUGUUAUAUCAUGUGUUUGUCCAGUUGGUUUUGGUGGAGAUCUUUGUAACAUACCUAUUGAUUUAUGUGCACAAUUUAAUCGUACUUGUCUUAAUAAUGGUGUUUGUGUUGUUAAUCCAAACACAUCAUUAGCUUAUUGCAAUUGUACUUCACCAGGAUUUACUGGAACUCAAUGUGAAACUUUUCUUCCAUGUUUAUCUUCUCCAUGUUUACAUAAUGGUACAUGUUCAGGAAAUUUAAAUGGAACAGUUCAAUGUAAUUGUACAAAUUGUUAUAAUGGUUCAAUAUGUGAAAAUAUUGAUUAUUGUUGUUUAAAUGUAUGUUCACCAAAUGGUGUAUGUCAAUCAAGAGCUAAUAAUUCAUAUGAAUGUAUAUGUCAACCUAAUUAUGUUGGAGUUAAUUGCAGUACAUUUAAUCCAUGUGCAAGUGUUCCAUGUCAAAAUAAUGGAACUUGUAUGAUUAUAAAUGGAUCUAAUUAUGAAUGUUUAUGUCCAACAGGAUGGACAGGGACUAAUUGUGAUAUACCAGUCAAUCCAUGUGCAUCAAUACCUUGUCGAAAUAAUGGUCAAUGUUUUUCAUUUGGUGAUCAAUUUAUUUGUAUUUGUCCAUUGGGAUUUAAUGGAACAUAUUGUGAAAUUCCAAUAAGUCCAUGUGCAAGCAAUCCUUGUUUAAAUAAUGGUACGUGUUAUGAACAAAUAACGAAUUCUUCAUUUAAUGUAACUGGAUCUUAUCUUGGUUAUGUUUGUAUAUGUAAUCAAACAUUAUAUUCUGGUGCACGCUGUGAAAAUAUUGUUCCACCAUGUCCAAUAAAUCCAGCUAUUCCAAGUCCAUGUCUCAAUGGGGGUACAUGUGUGCCAAGUGCUGAUGGUCAAACAUAUAAUUGUUUUUGUGCAUAUCCAUAUUCUGGUAUUAACUGUGACCAAAUGAUUGAUCCAUGUACACCGAAUCCAUGUUCACCAAAUGGUCAAUGUUAUCUAAAUCUAGCUACAUCAAGUUUCAUAUGUGUUUGUAUAAAUUCGACAUAUACAGGUCCAUUAUGUCAAAAUAUAACUAAUCCAUGUUUAUCAUUUCCAUGUUUCAAUGGUUCUACUUGUAUACCAAAUGAAACAACAUUUAUUUGUCAAUGUCCACCUAAUCGUACAGGAAUUUAUUGUGAAAGUUUUUUACCACCAUGUACUAAUACAACUUGUUUCAAUAAUGGUACAUGUCUUUAUUCGAGUACAUCAGUAACUUGUUUAUGUCCACCAUUAUUUACUGGUCCUCAAUGUCUUCAAACUAUUAAUCCAUGUUUUCCAACACCAUGUUUAAAUAAUGGUACAUGUUAUACUUCAGUAUCGAAUACAUAUUCUUGUACGUGUCCAACAUUAUGGACUGGAACUCAAUGUGAAACAUUAAUGAAUCCAUGUUUAACAUAUAUGUGUUUUUUUGGUGGUACUUGUUUAUUAGAUAGUUCAUAUCAACCAACUUGUUUAUGUCCACCAACACAAACAGGUUUAUAUUGCUUAAUAACCAUUGAUCCAUGUUCAAGUGGACCUUGUUAUAAUAAUGCUACAUGUAUUUCUAAUUCUGCAAAAACAAGUUAUACAUGUACAUGUCCAGUUUUAUAUACAGGUGAUAAAUGUGAAACUUUAAUUAAUCCGUGUUUACCAAAUCGUUGUAUAUUUGGUACAUGUUAUUCGUUAAAUAAUGGAACAUAUUAUUGUGCAUGUACAGUUAACUAUACAGGACUUAUUUGUGAUCAUCCUAUUGAUCAAUGUUCAUUAUUACCAUGUGUCAAUAAUGGUACUUGUAUAACUCUUGGUACAACUUAUUCAUGUUUAUGUCCAACAGGUUAUAGUGGUAGUUUAUGUGAACAAAUAAUAAAUCCAUGUUUAAGUAAUCCUUGUCAAACAGGUACAUGUUAUUUAGCAGGAAUUCAUUAUGUAUGUGCAUGUGAUGCAUCACAUACUGGAGUUUUAUGUGAAAUACCAUUAGAUCCAUGUUUAUCAUAUCCAUGUCUUAAUAAUCAAACAUGUUUACGUUCUGGAACAAAUAUAAGUUAUACAUGUCUUUGUGGAUUACCAUAUACAGGUCAACGUUGUGAAAUAACAAGUUUACCAUGUACAACAAUGAUUUGUUUAAAUGGUGGUACAUGUUUACAAACAACAUUAUUAAACAGUCAAUGUUUAUGUCCAAUUGGUUAUUCAGGUACAUAUUGUGAAAUAGUUUUAAAUUCUUGUCAAUCACAACCUUGUUUUAACAAUGGAACUUGUUUAUCAACAUUAAAUAAUUCGUAUAUGUGUUAUUGUUUACCAAGUUAUAUAGGUAAUUUUUGUGAACAAUAUAAUCCAUGUAUGAAUUAUACAUGUUUAAAUGGUGGUACUUGUGUUAUAUCACCGUCGGCUAUUGGUGGUCGAACUUGUAUUUGUCCACCAGCAUUUACUGGUCAAACAUGUGCAAUACCUAUAAAUCCUUGUUUAAGUUCGCCAUGUGUUAAUGAUGCUGUUUGUGUAGCAGUACCAGGAACAGUUAAUUUUACAUGUAUCUGCAUACCAGUAUAUACAGGAAUAUUUUGUGAAAUAUAUAUCAAUCCAUGUAUAGAUUAUUUAUGUGCAAAUGGUGGUACUUGUUAUCGAACUAUUGAUGGAACACCAAUAUGUUCAUGUUUACCAGGUUUUACAGGAGUUCAGUGUCUGACACAUAUUGAUCCUUGUCUGUCAGUACCAUGUCUUAACAAUGGUAUAUGUUCAUCAUUAUUACCAAUUUACAAUUAUACAUGCAUAUGUCCAUCAAAUUAUACUGGAUAUCGAUGUGAAAAUUUUCUUGGUUCAUGUUCAUUAACAUUAUGCCAAAAUGGUGGUACUUGUGUUUAUAAUGGUUUAAAUACUAUUUCAUGUAUAUGUCCACCUCUAUGGACAGGUACAUUAUGUACACAACGUAUAGAUCCAUGUACAACAUCAAAUCCUUGUUUAAAUUCUGGUAUAUGCAUUGCAAUAUCUAAUAGUACGAAUCAAACAAUUGUUGCAUGUCAAUGUUUAGCUACAUUUACGGGUCAAUAUUGUGAAACACAAAUAUCUCCAUGUCAAAUGUUAGCAUGUGUAAAUGGUCAAUGUUUAUUACGUGCCGAUGGAAGUGCAAUAUGUUAUUGUAAUAGUCAAUGGACAGGCACAGCAUGUGAUAUAUUGAUAUCUCCAUGUGUAUCACAGCCUUGCCUUAAUAAUGGUAUUUGUUAUUCGACUGGAAUAAGUUAUUCAUGUAUUUGUUCACAAGGUUAUUCUGGUUUACGAUGUGAAAUUGUUUCACCAACAUUAUGUACAUUGAUGUGUUCAAAUAAUGGAACAUGUGCAAUACGUGGACAAGAUAAUACACAAAUAUGUAUUUGUCCAACAGGUUAUACAGGUAGUCGUUGUGAAAUACAAAUAUCAUCUUGUAUGCCAUCACCAUGUUUAAAUAAUGGUGUAUGUUUACCAUCAACAUAUGCUAAUGGUACAUUAGGUUUUCAAUGUGUUUGUACAGGACCUUAUACUGGUCCAAUAUGUGCAACUUAUAUACCAUUAAUAUGUGGAAAUUCGACUUGUUUAAAUGGUGGUACAUGUCUAAUUAAUGGUAAUCAAACAUUUUGUCUAUGUCCAAGUUUAUUUACAGGAAUUCAUUGUGAAUCUUUAAUUAAUCCAUGUGAUAGUCAACCCUGUGUUAAUGGUGGUACAUGUUUUGUCACAAGUGCCGUUCGUAGAAAACGUCAAGCUAUGGCGACAGUAGGAUUUUAUUGCCGAUGUCCAACUUCAUAUACAGGUAUUCGUUGUGAAUCAUAUAUUUCAUUGUGUGGAUCCAAUCCAUGUCAACAUAAUGGAACAUGUUAUCAAGAUUUAGCAUUAAAUAUAAUACGUUGUGUAUGUACACCAAAUUAUACUGGAACAUUUUGUAAUAUAAUAAUGAAUGGAACCAAUAUUUGUACUGCAAAUCCUUCGAUUUGUUUUAAUGGAGGAACAUGUCGAGUUAAUUCAUCUUUACCAUUAGGUUUUUCAUGUACAUGUACAGCAACAACAACAGGUUAUUAUUGUGAACAACCAAUUGAUCAAUGUCAAAUGAAUCCAACAAAAUGUGUUAAUAAUGGAACUUGUGUCGCAUCUUUAACAGGUUACAUAUGUAUCUGUCCUAAUGGUUUUACUGGUACUGAUUGUUCAAUUACAACAAAUCCAUGUAGUUCACAACCAUGUUUUCGUAACGGAACAUGUCUUGUUAUUGGUACUCAAUCGUACACAUGUAUAUGUCCAACAGGUUAUCUUGGUACUCGAUGUGAAAUAUGCAAUUGUCCAUGCCAGAUUUAUCCAUGUGUUAAUGGAGGUGUAUGUCGGUCAACUGCAAGUGGAGGUGUUAUAUGUACUUGUCCGCCUGGUUAUACUGGUCUUCGAUGUGAAACUUCUUUACUUCCUUGUGAUUCUAAUCCAUGUUUAAAUGGAGGUGUAUGUUUAUAUGAUCCAACAACUUUAGUAAUGACUUGUCAAUGUUGUGGUCUUUCAACUGGAAGAUUUUGUGAAAUUCUUCUUAAUCCAUGUAAUACUUCAAUCCCAUACUGUUUCAAUGGUGGUACUUGUGUUCUCAAUGCAAAUAUGAAACCAAUGUGUAUUUGCCCAAGUACUUUUGCAGGUCUCUACUGUGAAACGUAUUCAAAUCCAUGUUCAUUGGUAACUUGUAUCCAAGGUACUUGUGUCAUGUUAGCUAAUUCAACAUUUCUUUGUCUAUGUCCAACGGGUCGUUCGGGUCGUUAUUGUGAAAUAAUUGAUCCAUGUUUAGUAAUAUCUGGAACAUUACCCCCCAUGUCGUAA